GUCAGCCCAAACGUCUCAACUCUGUGAUACGGCGUUUCUUCUAACAAUUUUCCAGCAACGGACGAGCGUCCUUGGCUCCUAAACAAACCAAAACGAGCACAAUUUACCUUGCUUUACGACACCUACAGCCUCAGGUCAAGUUAUACUGUAACCACGUGGGACGUUGAUUGUAAUUAUCAGCUGAAUUCGAGGUACAGAAACAUAAGCCAGAGUAUUAAUUGUGAUGGGUGAUAAGAUGGACAGGGAACGAUACAAUAGACUACGUGAGCGCACAGACAAGAUAAGUUCACUGAUGGGCCAAUACUUGCUUAAGGGGUACCGUAUGCUGGGGACAUGCUGUGAUACAUGUGGUACUGUAUUGCUGAAGUUUCGUGAUGAACCUGAUUACUGUGUGGGAUGUAAUGAAGUUGAUGCCGAUACAACAACUAAGCCUCAAAGUGCUUCACGAAAUGCAGUUGACCAUUCUGAGCAAAGUUGCCAAGUUGCUACAAACACAAAUGGAUAUAGUAUAAUACAAGAGGAAACAAGCAGAGAUCAAGCACCAAGGGUUCCCUCAUCUUCAGAGUCUGUCAGUACUGCAGUUACUAACUUGAAUGACAAGAUAGUAACAACAAGUGAAGCUUUACGGAACUGCUUCUCUGUGGAGGAGUCCAUUCGUUAUUGCGAACUCUUAAAAUCCUGUGCUGAAGCUUUGAAAGCAUUGCAUGAAGUACAAGGAAAAUGAUAAAUGAAAAAGAAUUGAAUGGUAAAAUAUGCUCAUGGAAGUGGGGUCUGUAAGGAGCCUUUCUUCAAACGUAAUAGACCUUUCACUUGAGUGACCACUAAACAAUGGCUCAGUCCAAGUUGAGCAGUUGGAUGUAAUGUGCUUAUACCUAAAUUUACUGUAUUUUUACUAUUUUUUUAUUCAAGUAUUGACUUUGGUUGUCACUCAUGAAUUAGAGAAAGGCCUAUUCUCUGUUACCUUUAUGCAUUGAUACUGCUACAUGGAUACUUGUUGGCCUAUAAUUAACACUAGUAUCUAGUUCUACAACAACACUAACAAUGUGUUAUGUUCCAAUAAUCUUGUAGGGCAAAUGUUAUUCAGAAGGCUUGGCUUUGGGUGUUCAGGGGGAGGUGACCAAUGUUAAUCUGGAGCGUCUGGGGGGGAGCAGGUUGGUUAUUCCUCUGCUACAUCGAUAGAAAUAGGGGAGUGUUUUGCACAUGUAAUAAUAACUAUAAAAUGCACAUGAAAUACACUUAAUAUAACACAACUCAAAAUAUCACACCAGAGUUUUGAAUUGUAUUUUCUUCCUUGUUUGACAUAAAACUUCAUUUUCUUGCUUAAUAAAUUAGACAAAAUUUCUACAUCUACAAAAUAUUUACUCUUAAUUGUUUCGUGGUGUAGUAUGGUACCUAUAAAUUAUAUUAAUGUCAGAGCUUUUAAACUACAUGUACAAUCUUAGUGGUGAAUUGGCUAUCAAUGAUGCAUACUGCAUCUUCAUAAAACUAUCCUAGUGUUGUAAAGUGCAAGAAUCUAAAGAUUUUCCUUUUUAAAACAAAAGAAAUCUCCCAGCUAGGUUGACUGCAUUCCACUAAAAGGAAUCUUGUGUCAAUUAUUUUUGAUUAGUAUUUUCCAAGCAGGGACUGAGUACAAUGUAAAUGUCUCUCGUUGAUCAAAAUGGAAUUCAUAUUUCAUAGGUUUCUCUUGACAGAGUCAUAACCAAAAGUACCAUGUUGAAACCUCAAUUCUGAUUGGUUGACUUUUACUUUGCUCUGAAGGUCAACUUAGCUGCUGCUGUUUAAGUUCAUCCAACAUGUUUAUUUAUUCAAGUAUGAUGUAUCCAAUAGGUGUAGAGUACUAUAGUACCUAUAGAUAGAUGCAAUAUUCCAAUCAUGAUGUCAGAUUACAUUCUUUCUAAAAUACUUCUUUCUUAAAAUUUCAUGAGCCAUUUUGUUUUAAAUUGUUGUUGUGAGCAAAAAUAUCAUAAUCAGCAUGAAAACUUCAAAGAAAGGUGAAAAUUAAGCAAUUUUCAUGAACAUUUAGCAUUUGAUAGUAAACUAGCCUAGGAAGGGAAAACAUAGUAAAUGUAGGUGAAUUCCUUGAUAGUAAACUAAGGAAGCUACGCAAAUCAAGCACAUCAAAGAAUAUAUGGAAGCCAGGAUACACUAUUUGUGUUCACCCAUGACGUACUACACCAUUUAUUGAGUCGGCAUAAGCAAGCUCUGCUGCGACCUAAGAAAUAAUGUAUCUGAUAUAAUGUACGAAAAUAAAUGCCUCAUGUACCGCAA